AUGUCAGAAAGCUGGCAGCAGCAACAGCAGCAACCACAGCAGCCGCCACCACCGCAGCAGCACCACGCUGGGGCAGCCGCCCUCCCAGAGCACUCCAUCCCACCUAGCACUGCUGACAACCCCUUGGGCUGUGCCGUCUACGGCAUCCUGCUCCAGCCGGACCCUGGUCUGCAGCACCACCAGCACGCCCCCAUCCAGGCUGGAGAGCCGUCCCACAAAUGUGGUGUGUGUGGCCACGACCUCGCUCACCUCUCCAACCCCCAUGAGCACCAGUGCUUGCCAGGCCAUGACCGCUCUUUCCAGUGUACCCAGUGCCUGAAGAUCUUCCACCAGGCCACCGACCUCCUCGAACACCAGUGCAUCCAGGUGGAGCAGAAGCCCUUUGUAUGUGGCGUCUGCAAGAUGGGCUUCUCCCUCCUGACCUCGCUGGCACAGCACCACAAUGUCCACAAUGGCAAUGCCAUGAAGUGCUCUAUCUGUGAGAAGACCUACAAGCCUCCCGAGGCAGAGCAUUCGCAGCCUCUCGACCCCUCAGAGAAGCCCUACAGCUGCUCCAUCUGUCAGAAAACCUUCAAGCACCUCUCAGAGCUGUCCCGGCAUGAGCGCAUCCACACGGGUGAGAAGCCAUACAAGUGCACGCUGUGUGACAAGAGCUUCAGCCAGUCAUCCCACCUGGUGCACCACAAACGGACGCACAGCUCGGAGCGGCCCUACAAGUGCACGGUGUGCGAGAAGACCUUCAAGCACCGCUCCCACCUGGUGCGCCACAUGUACGCACACUCAGGGGAGCACCUCUUCAAGUGCAACGUCUGCGAGCUGCACUUCAAGGAGUCGUCGGAGUUGCUGCAGCACCCCUGCACGCCCAGCGGGGAGCGGCCCUUCCGCUGUGGCGAAUGCCAGAAGGCCUUCAAGCGUCCCUCAGACCUGCGGCAGCAUGAGCGCACACACAGCGAGGAGCGGCCCUUCAAGUGUGACCUCUGCCAGAUGAGCUUCAAGCAGCAGUACGCGCUCAUGCGCCAUCGCCGCACGCACAAGGCUGAGGAGCCCUUCAAGUGCAACCUGUGCGAGAAGGGCUUUGUGCAGCCCUCGCACUUGGUGUACCACCAGCACGUGCACGGCAUAGAAAACCUCUUCAAGUGCAACGUGUGCCAGAAAGGCUUCAACCAGUCCUCAGAGCUGCUGCGGCACAAGUGCGUGCAGAACGCGGAGCGGCCCUUCAAGUGCGCGGUGUGCAACAAGUCCUACAAGCGGGCCUCCGCUCUGCAGAAGCACCAGCUGGCCCACUGCACCGAGAAGCCGCUCAAGUGCACGCUCUGUGAGAGACGUUUCUUCUCCUCCUCCGAGUUCGUGCAGCACCGCUGCGACCCGGCCCGCGAGAAGCCCCUCAAGUGCCCCGACUGUGAAAAGCGGUUCAAGUAUGCCUCGGACCUGCAGCGCCACCGGCGCGUGCACACGGGUGAGAAGCCCUACAAGUGCCCCUCCUGUGAGAAGGCCUUCAAGCAGCGCGAGCACCUCAACAAGCACCACAGUGUGCACGCCCGGGAGCAGCAGUACAAGUGCAUGUGGUGCGGGGAACGGUUUCUGGACUUGGGCCUGCUGCAGGAGCACAGUGUCCAGCACACGGCCGAGGGCGCCUACCAGGUGGCUGCCUGCUUGCCGUGAGCCUCCUGCCUCUUGGCGGCUUUCAGCUUGCAUGUGACGCUCCUGAGCCUCGGCCUCCCCUUCCCUCUCCUCAGUUGUAGAUGGCGUCCAGGGAGCUUGGGGGAAAGGGGAGGUAUGAUGGGUGGGCAGGUAAACUUUCCUCUGGCCUCUGUGCUUGAUACACUGCCUGUAUGGCAGGGGCGACGGACAACGUGA